UGUUUGCAGUUUGUAUGGCAUAAGUUUUUGACUGGAUGACUUAAGCUUGUUACACUUAAAUUAACGGGGAUGGCACACCAUCAGGAUGGACAUAGGUCAUUUCUGGGUGACUGGGGUUGGCCCUACUCCUAUAACACAAGAGGCCGCUGGUCAGCUCUUUUUCUGUUGGAUAUGAUUUUGCCGACUGUGACAUUAGGCGCCUGUCAAAAGUAUCUCGCCGUGUAAAACCUCUAACAUUGUUGGAGUAGGGUUGGCCCUAUCAUAAACUGUAGUGAAUGGACAAUUAAGCAAACCUUUAUUGGGAAGAUCGGUCCUCAAAUUUCAUAUACAUUGUAUACAUGUAGGUUCCCCCUGCUCCCUAUAGCUAGCUGUCCAUUUAGAAAUUUGUGUUAUCAUAACAUAUAUUUUAGAGUUUUUUAUAUAAAAGUUCAUUAAUGUGUUUAUUGUGUUUAUAGUCAACAGCCAGUUAUUGUUUGAAUUUUAACAGAUUACCCCUGUCCGAUCCUACACCCCAAUAUUCAUAAAGCUGUUCUAUGUUAUAUGGUUCUAUAAUGUAUUGCUUAUAAUUAAGCAUGCGGUUGUUGUGUAAGUUACAUAAUUAUAUACAAUGUAGUUCUUUACAUUUUCCCCAGAUUGGUCCACUUGGAUCUGAAAGGUGCUCCCCCAAAAGUUGAUUAUUUUGAAAAGAUCUUCCCCUGGUUGAAACGUUUUGGUGCUACAGGAUUGCUUAUUGAGUAUGAGGACAUGUUUCCAUAUUGGGGAGACUUGGAGGAGAUAGCUUGUGAAUAUGCCUACAGUAAGGAAGCUGUAGAGAGAAUUCUACAGCUUGCAGCUGAUAAUGACCUCAUAGUCAUCCCAUUGGUACAGACAUUUGGCCAUUUUGAGUUUGUAUUAAAACAUGAUAAAUUUGUGUCGUUACGAGAAGUUCCAACUUUUCCAAUGGCACUCUGUCCCUCCAAUCCGGAUUCCCUCACAGCUGUUACAAUGAUGAUAGAUCAAGUGAUUGAACUUCACCCAGGACUACAGUGGUUCCAUAUUGGAGCUGAUGAGGUGUACCAUAUCGGUGUCUGUGACAAGUGUAAGAAGAGGAUGAGUCUGGAGAACUUGUCCACGCAGCAGCUCUUCUUUGCCCAUACACAGGCUGUUCUUCUCUACCUCAAGGCCAAGCAUCCCAACAUUAAACCGAUCAUGUGGGACGACAUGCUACGCUUCACUGAACUCCCUGUUCUUCAAGGGUCCGGACUCGGAGGUCUGGUGGAGGUGAUGGUGUGGCACUACCUCAGUAACUUCCUUCUUCCUGCUGAUAUAUGGGACAAGUUUUCCCAGGUGUUCCCCAACAUCUGGUUCGCUAGUGCAUUUAAAGGUGCUACAGGCUCCAGUGUAUAUGUGACAAACAUCAAAUAUCAUGUGGAGAAUCACCUAGGAUGGCUACAAAUACUCGAAAAGGAGAAGAUGAAAUUCCACAACUUUCGUGGCUUUACUAUAACAGGUUGGCAGAGGUAUGACCACUAUGCUAUACUAUGUGAGCUCCUACCACAAGCACUGCCAUCUCUUGCCAUAUGCCUAGCCAUCGUCAAUAAAGGAACUUUUUCCUUUGAUAUUCACAACGAGGUUUCUAAACAACUGAAAUCUACUAGCCUCAUUCCGAUCAAUGCUCCACAUUUAAGCGAGAUACCCCACACUGAGUUCCCAGGAUCAGACAUAUACAAGGCUAUGCUCGAAUUUAUCCGUGUAGAUCUGGCUUUUGAUGACUUUAUGAACAAUGAGGCACGAUUGACCUGGAUGAAUGAGUACCACUUGAAGCGGAACUUUGCCAACCCUGUUCAUGUGGAACCUCUGCUCGCACAAGCUGUGGAAAUCUUGGACAGCCUACAGAUGUUGUACAGCAGACUUCAGACAGCCCUGUCCCAGAUCUUCUACCCAAACACGGUAGAUGAGUGGCUAACAGUCUUCCCAGGAUAUCGCAUUGCUAAACUUUCUGAAGUAGUCGAGACCGUCCGAAAUAAUCUAGGUCAAAAUAAGGACAUGCAGACCUGAAGAAAAAUCCUCCAAUACAUACAAAUGUAUAUACCUGUGUGUUGACAUACUAAUUCAUUCAUUAGAAACCACAAAUGAUACUUAAAAAGAAGUACAAUGUAAAAUCAUUAUUUUAACUCUGAAAGAAUUAUUUUUCUGAAAAAAUAGAAUGUAUUGUUUGUGAUACUGAAAAUGAUCAAUGUUUGUAAUAAUUUGAAAUGCAUAUUUGCAAGUGUAUGUACAUGUCAAUUGACAUCUAACAUUUUCUAAAAACGUUUAACUGAUCAUGGUUAUCAGAGGGUUGUCUUAAAAUGGCCGUUUGUUUGAUGUCUGUAUGUAAUCAUUUCUUGUUAUCUCAAUAUAUACAAAUGUAUCAUAAUCUACUUGAUAGAUGUUAUUAAUAUUUAUAUAGAAACUUAUUCUUCAGUCUUAUAGUAAUACAACAGGAACAUCGCUUGUUGUAAUGAUGAAGUUUGAUGUCAUGUGGCUAUCUUUAAUUAAGAUCAAAGUUUGUUAUUCAUCGAAAUUAAAACCAUUCUUGGUAAUUUUUUCUUUGAAAUCGUUUACAUAAAGCUGCAGGUUAAAUGUCAGCUUCACAGUUUGUUAUGUCACAAUUUCUGGUUUUAUACCUGUGUCCUAGGAUCAUAGUUUUUAACUUCUAUUGUUUGUGGAUAAGAAGAACCGAGUCCAGCCAUCUUGUAGCCAGUGUUGGAUUCCAUGAUCAUUAAUAGUUAUCACUAUUUCUUGUAAAGUAGUACUAGGCUGUGAAUUCUUUGUUCUUCGUGCUUCCUCCGAGUAUUAAGAUUCCUCUGGUAUCUAUAACUGGUUCAUAUUCCCUUUAUUUAGUGUACUGAUUAUACAGUAUGUCCUGGUAAGAUUGACUGUAGAAUACCGACACUACUAUUAUAGACAUUAGCCUUUAGAUUCAGCUACUCAAUACUUGAUGUGCAAUAUUGAUAUGCUCUUGCGUUGUGAUAUGUUAUGAUAAAAUAGCCUGUCGCCAUUUCACUAACUUUACUAAAUCAUGAGAACAAAUCAUUUGUUAAAAAUAGUAUUGAUAUGUACAGUGUAUACUAAAGACACGAAACAAGAAAUACAUUUAUUGAUUGUUCAAUGUAUAGCUCAAUUUUACAAUAUCAUAGCUCUUUGUUAAGCUGGCUUGGAAGGCAGUCACUGGAACACACUUAGCAUUUUCAUCAUUAAUUUGUUACUAGAACCAAUACUGUGUUUUCUGGUAAUUAAUUACGGUAUUAAUUGUGUCAUGUUGUGAACAAGUGUUAAAGUUGUAGAGAAUACAUUAAGUACAGUUGUGGGAUUACACAAGUUACAAUGUUUAGUGCAGUUUUCAGAACAUGUGUGGAUGAUAAAACCUGGAUAAAUUGGCAUCAAUUUAAGCAAUAUACAGAGGUUUUAAUGUUGUUAUACUAUAAAUGUAGGGCCGCAGUGGUUAAAUGUUAAGGUGUCCUAACACUUUAAUCACUAGCCCUCCACCUCUGGGUUACGAGUUCAAAACCUACGUGAGAAAGUUGCCUGGUACUAAUUGUAGGCCGGUGGUUUUUUUCUGGGUACUCCAGCUUUCCUCCACCUCCAAAACCUAGCACGUCCUUAAAUGACCAUGGCUGUUAAUAGGACAUUAAAUAAAAACAAACCUAAACCUACUGUUAAUGUGGUUAUUUUUGUGAGGGGUUCAUUUUGUGAAUUUCGAUAUAUAAACUAUACAUAUGGGGUAAUUUUUGUGAUAGCUCAACCUUUGUUGGUAGUUCGAGAUUACACAAACUGAUAUUGAUAUAAUGCAUGUGGGGAAAUGUUUUCGCAAUCAAAAGGACACUUGCGUUAUUAGUGUAAAUUUCCCCCUCGCGUAAAAUUUCCAUGUUCAAAACUUAUAUGUUUACAUUGUUUUACAUUUUGUGUCAAUUUUGAAA